CGCGUCACUUCCGCUUCCGGCGGUGACGGGAAGCGGAAGUUGCUGAGGGGACGUGUCCGAGAGCGGCGGGAGCCGGGAUCUGGGGCAAUAUGGAGCUAGAGGCAAUGAGCAGGUACACCAGCCCAGUGAACCCGGCUGUCUUCCCGCACCUCACUGUGGUGCUGCUUGCCAUUGGCAUGUUCUUCACCGCAUGGUUCUUCGUUUAUGAGGUGACAUCCACCAAGUACACGCGAGACAUCUACAAGGAGCUGCUGAUCUCACUGGUGGCAUCGCUCUUCAUGGGGUUUGGUGUCCUGUUCCUGCUGCUGUGGGUUGGGAUCUAUGUGUGAGGCCCAGGCACAGUGACGUGUGGACCUCCAGUGGCUGUGGGAAACUCCGGAGAAGUUCUUUUUGUAUUUGUUUUAUACUUCAGUGUGGGAGCUUGCUUCAGGCAUGGACUGUACUCCUGUCAGGUGACUCCUGCCAGCACAACAAACCAAACCUGAAUAAAACUGGCUCUGUGAUGCACCUGCAGUUUUGUCUCUUAGAUGUUUGUACGUGAUUUUCUGAACCAACUCUGAUUUCUGCACAAAAUCCAUAAACCUUGGGACAGGCCCUUUAUUGUACCCACAGCCUUUUCCUGGGCUGUUUGGAAUAGCAGAAGCAGCUGUUUUGUAAGGCAAUAAGCAUAAUUCGUAUUUCCUUCUAAGCAGUUGAAAAAACGAGGGGAAUUUAGCUAGACAUCCUACUGCAGAGAGUAACAAAUGCUGUGAAACUGCAGCUGGUGGUGUGUAGCACCCUGGUAUCGAACUCAGAUGUCUUGGCAAUAGAGUUCCUGUGCUGCAGUGAGUGGUGUCUGGUUGGACAACGCUCAGCACUGCAGAAAAGUUACAAAGAGCAUUUUAAUGAGCUAGAGCUUUGUUUGAAAGAAGCAUUAACUCCAACUGAGGAUUUGUUGUUGCUCAUGGAUGUCCAGUGCUGUGUAUGCCCAGAAGUGUUUCAGUGCUGCCUUGUGCCCUGCUGCAGCUGGAGUCUAGAAGUCUCGGGUGACACAAACUGUGUUUGUGGGACAUGAGGUUUUGGAGGAAUGCUUGAGCUGACUGUGUCCUUUGUUCAAGCAUUAUUGAAUUAAUGCUUUGAAAGCAUUUAUUUACGGCACGCAUCGCUCUGCUUGUAAGGCAGCUUGCAUUUGGAGCCUCGCCUUCAGAGCAGUUAGGACUCGGAGAUACAAAUUCUGCAGGUACCACACAGACUUAAAGCCUUGAUACACUGUCUGGAGGAGGCUUUCCCUCUGCAGGUUCUCUCAGAUGCCUUCUGGAUGUGGCCCUGACCUCUGAGAUGUGAGCAGCCACAGCUCUUCUUACAUCUGUUCCAAAGCAGGACACCUGCAGUUGUCCUGAGCCUGCUGUGGGCACGUCUGGCAGCUCCCACUGAGUCAUUCGCACUGGGGUUCCUCGCUCUUGUGAUGAGCAGUUUGUGAACUGAAAGGGAAAAAAGAGCAAGGGAGGAACACAGCCAGGAGCCAUCCUUGAGUACAAAGCAAUAUUCAUAUAUUUAUUUAUAUAGGCAUAUUUACCUCCAGCAUAAAACAAAGUCUAAAUAAGCCAAACAUAAAAGUGGGGAAUCUGAAGACUCAGCACUCCAAUUUAGCAAAAUAUAAAUAUAAAUCAGAAAGAAAGGAAGGGAAACCACACUUGUUCCCCACAAAUAAAAACCUAUGAUCAAUAAUACCUGCUAAGAAGGCAACUCUACGAACUCGC